AUGGCCGCGAGCCCCUCUGUAGUUCCUGUGGCCCUGACCACUCCGGGGGUACCCGUCUUGUCAGCUAGUGGCGAUUUCUCAAAUUUGCGGGAAAUUAAAAAGCAGCUGCUACUUAUCGCUGGCCUUACCCGAGAGCGGGGCCUACUGCACAGUAGCAAAUGGUCGGCGGAGUUGGCCUUCUCCCUCCCGGCGUUGCCUCUAGUCGAGCUGCAGCCGCCUCCGCCUAUGACAGAGGAAGAUGCCCAGGAUAUGGAUGCUUACACCCUGGCCAAAGCCUACUUUGAUGUUAAAGAGUAUGAUCGGGCAGCACAUUUCCUGCAUGGUUGCAAUAGCAAGAAAGCCUAUUUCCUGUACAUGUAUUCUAGAUACCUGUCUGGAGAAAAGAAGAAGGAUGAUGAAACAGUUGAUAGCCUAGGCCCUCUGGAAAAAGGACAAGUAAAAAAUGAGGCUCUUAGAGAAUUGAGAGUGGAGCUCAGCAAAAAGCACCAAGCUCGGGAACUUGAUGGUUUUGGCCUUUAUCUGUAUGGUGUUGUGCUUCGAAAACUGGACUUGGUGAAAGAGGCCAUUGAUGUAUUUGUGGAGGCUACUCAUGUUUUGCCUUUGCAUUGGGGAGCCUGGAUAGAACUCUGUAACUUGAUUACAGACAAAGAGAUGCUGAAGUUCCUGUCUUUGCCAGACACCUGGAUGAAAGAGUUUUUUCUGGCUCAUAUAUACACCGAAUUGCAGUUGAUAGAGGAGGCCCUGCAAAAGUAUCAGAAUCUCAUUGAUGUGGGCUUUUCUAAGAGCUCUUAUAUUGUUUCCCAAAUUGCAGUUGCCUAUCACAAUAUCAGAGAUAUUGAUAAAGCCCUCUCUAUUUUUAAUGAGCUAAGGAAACAAGACCCUUAUAGGAUUGAGAAUAUGGAUACAUUCUCCAACCUUCUUUACGUCAGGAGCAUGAAAUCUGAGUUGAGUUAUCUGGCUCACAACCUCUGUGAGAUUGAUAAAUAUCGUGUAGAAACUUGCUGUGUAAUUGGCAAUUAUUAUAGUUUGCGUUCUCAGCAUGAGAAAGCAGCCUUAUAUUUCCAAAGAGCUUUGAAAUUGAAUCCUCGGUAUCUUGGGGCCUGGACACUAAUGGGACAUGAGUACAUGGAAAUGAAGAACACAUCUGCUGCUAUUCAGGCUUAUAGACAUGCCAUUGAGGUUAAUAAGCGGGACUACAGAGCCUGGUAUGGCCUCGGGCAGACCUAUGAAAUCCUUAAGAUGCCAUUUUACUGCCUUUAUUAUUAUAGACGGGCCCAUCAGCUUCGGCCCAAUGAUUCUCGUAUGCUGGUUGCUUUAGGAGAAUGUUAUGAGAAACUCAAUCAACUUGUGGAAGCCAAAAAGUGUUACUGGAGAGCUUAUGCCGUGGGAGAUGUGGAGAAGAUGGCUCUGGUGAAACUUGCAAAGCUUCAUGAACAGUUGACUGAGUCAGAACAGGCUGCUCAAUGUUACAUCAAAUAUAUCCAAGAUAUCUAUACCUGUGGGGAAAUAGUGGAACACUUGGAGGAGAGCACAGCUUUCCGCUAUCUGGCCCAGUACUAUUUUAAGUGCAAGCUGUGGGAUGAAGCUUCAACUUGUGCCCAAAAGUGUUGUGCAUUCAAUGAUACCCGGGAAGAAGGUAAGGCCUUGCUCCGGCAAAUCCUGCAGCUUCGGAACCAAGGAGAGACUCCUUCCACUGAGAUGCCUGCACCCUUUUUCCUACCGGCGUCACUGUCUGCUAACAAUACUCCUACACGCAGAGUUUCUCCACUCAACUUGUCUUCAGUCACACCAUAGUUGACUAAUUUCAAGCUAGCACAUUGCCUUACCUCCAUGUAAAAAAUUGCCAUGUCUAUUCUUCCAAGGACCUUAGCUCUUUUUGUGUGUACAGAUGGAAACAGCUCCUUGGGGAGAGUUUAUAGAAUCACCUUCAGAGUAGACUGACAGAAGAAUCCUGGCAGGAAACAGACACUGUCUUGCCAGUUAGAAGCACUUCUUCCUAUGUUCAGAGUAGCUACAGAGCUUGGCCUUCUUCCCAGAUUCUCCCCACCUCACCCCCAAACAUCCUUGUACUAGCACUUUAGCACAGGCAAGGCUACAGGCUACAGGAACUGUUUUAAUGCUGCUGGGAGUGGUUUCCUGAGAAGUGAGGAAAGGAGAAAAGUUAGUGAUUCUAUCCUCUGCUGACAGUAGGGGCACUGGAUACCCUAGCAAGGUCAGGGCCCUGGAUAGACAUGAUGGUAUUCUUGGAUUUACUGAGCAUGACUGUUCUGUCAGAGAUUAGGUUUAAAUGGAGUAAAACUAUACAGUAGGUCCUCGGUUACAUCGGAGAUCCGUUCCUACGCCGUGAUUUUUAUCGUAAGUCAGAACCCACCUACAUAAGCACCUACGUCACUCACAUGGAGCACAUACACAGCAGUAAUGAAGUGACAGAGAAAGAUAACAAUUCAUGACCUUUACUUGUAAAUAAAUAAUAAAAAACAUAAAGCACAUGUCGAAAUGACGAACUUUUUUUUUAAUAAAUGAGAGAUGGUGACGUAACCAUGAGCGUUGUAUGUUGAGUCUGAUGUAGCCCGAAGACUGCCUGUACAUUUGUUUUGAAGAGUCUCCUAGAAUAUUUCAAAUUCGAGGUAUCUUACUAGAGUUGAAUAGAAGGGACAAACAUAAUCUUAUGGAGUAUGAAGGCCCCUACCAAGAGCAAAAGAUGUCUAGUUAUCUAUAUUCUCCCCCCAAAAGUGAAGUAAGGAGACAGGAUUACAGAUAAUCUCAUGGCCAUUUGGAGAUAACUUUUUAUAACUACAGACAAGAAUAAACUCAUUCAAGCUGGUCUGUUUUAAUAUUUAUGUAAUUGUCUUUUUUUCCGGCUAGACAAGGUAAAGGGAAUCAUUGUUAGUGUGCUCUUAGAGGGUUUCAGGCCUGUGCAUGCGUAUUUAGUAGGAGGAAUAUGCGAUGGUUAUGUAUGCUGCAAUGAAUCUGUACAGAUGACAUGAAUUAUUCUGAGCUCAGGACCCAGCCUUCCUAUGUUCAUGUUUCCAAAACAAGUUUGUUACCUAUUCACCUCCGAAUGUGUGAUACUUCAUUUUAUAGUAAAGAAGGUUUAGAAUAUAUAAUGUCCCUUGAA